CCUUUCAGCAUGGUGCCGCUGUGCAUUCCCCCACCGGGUCCCCAGGCGCAGCGGCAGCAAGACGUCCCGGUGUCUGCUGGCUCUUCAAUGAAGGGCACUGCAGAUUCUUCGGGAACUGCAAAUUCAAGCACGAAUGCAAUUUCUGCGGCGGGGCCCAUUCGGCCCUGCGAUGCUUUAAAAAAACCAGGGUGCCUCCAAAAACUCCAGCGCUGGUUCGCGGCGAGGAUGCCAGUGAGCGUCCAAAAGAUGUCGCCAUGGCUAGACCAGUACCACAGGAAGGGGGAAGCCGCAUUAAUUAGGGAUGGGUUUACUUACGGUUUCUUUAUCCCCUUCACACAAAAUUCACAACCAACUUUUGCAGAGAACUUGAAAUCGGUCCCGGAGAAUUGGGAAAUAGUGGCAACAAAACUGCGGAACGAAGUAGCAAUGGGCCGCAUGGCCGGCCCCUUCCCAUCCCUGCCCUUCCCAAAUUUACGUAUUUCCCCUUUGGGUGUAGUGCCGAAAAAGGAGCCCGGAAAAUUCCGGCUCAUCCAUUACCUCUCCCACCCGAAGGGAAAUUCGGUUAAUGACGGGAUUAGCAAGGAAGCGGCGGCAGUUUCUUACGUGUCCUUUGACCGGGCGGUAUCCCUAGUGAGACAGGCAGGAAGGGGUGCGCUACUAGCCAAGUCAGAUAUCGAGUCUGCCUCCCGCCUUCUCCCUAUUCACAGAGACUGCUAUCAUCUAUUGGGUUGCCAAUUCGAAGGUCAGUUCUACUACGACUUGUGCCUUCCCAUGGGCUGCUCAAUAUCUUGCCGCUAUUUCGAGUGCUUUAGCACAUUCCUAGAAUGGGUAGUGAGGCACGAAACCGGGCAUAACUCCGUCAUUCACUACCUGGAUGACUUCCUGUUCAUAGGCCCCCCAAACACCAACGUGUGCCAACUACUGCUGAGCACAUUCCAAUUCUUCAUGGCAAAAUUUGGAGUCCCCUUAUCAAGAGAAAAGACUGAGGGUCCGGUCCCCGUUUUAUCCUUUCUGGGCAUCGAAAUUGACACGGUGGAGCUAGUCUUUCGCCUCCCCGAUGACAAGCUGCAGAGACUAAAAAGCACAGUAGCUGAGAUCACAGUAGCGAAAAAGGUAACGCUCCGCAGCAUGCAGUCCUUACUGGGUCUGUUGGUUUUUGCCUGCCGCAUUAUGCCCAUAGCACGGGUUUUCUCGCGGAGACUAUCCCUGUCCACAUGUGGCAUUAAGCAGCCCCACCACUUUAUUAGGAUAACAAGGCAGCUACGGGAAGACCUGACGGUCUGGCAAACCUUUUUGGAACAAUACAACGGGCACACGUGCCUCAUGGACACAGAAGUGUCCAACGAGGAACUGAGUUUAUUCACCGAUGCCGCCGGCUCCACAGGUUUCGGAGCCAUCCUGGCCCAGAGCUGGUGCGCAGAACAAUGGCCCGAUAACUGGGCCCCGGUAGGGCUAUGCAAAAACAUGACUCUGCUGGAGCUGUUCCCCAUAGUGGUAACGGUAGAAAUCUGGGGUCAUAGAAUAUCUGGGAAAAAGAUCUGUUUCUGGACAGACAAUAUGAGCGUAGUAUUUGCAAUAAACAAACUAACUUCCUCUUCAUUACCAGUGCUUGCUCUGCUAAGACAUCUGGUCCUGCGCUGCCUUGAGCUCAAUAUAUGGUUCCGCGCCAGGCACGUGCCGGGACGUGAAAAUUUUGCUGCUGAUGCUCUCUCUCGUUUUCAGUGGGGGACCUUCAGAGAAUUGGUGCCGGAUGCGGAACGGGAGGGAGCAAAAUGCCCAGUAUUCCUAUGGCGCCUGGUGGAGGACAACUGCUGAGCCUGGUUAGGUCCUCGGUCACCCCAGCAACGUGGCAAGCAUAUGGUUCCAAUACACCAGUAAUCCUACUGGUUGGGCAUUCCUACCUCCGUCGGGCAGAGAGGCGGGCGGCUAUUCGUCCAGGAGGC